GCCGGUACAUCGGCUGUCAAGUCACACCCACACUUAACAAGAUGCACGGAGUGUAAAGAAGGAAGGGGAAAUCGACAAAAUUCUCAAGGAAAGGUGUUUUGAUUAAAAUGGAUUUUUAGAAAAUACAUUAGAGUAAAGAACCAUGUCUUUGAAGGUAGAAGUUAUUAGCGCUUCAAAUGUUCCGAAUUUGGAAACUUUUGGUGAAAGUGAUCCGUACACCACUUUGAAGUAUCAAGGGAUAUCCAAAAAGACGCAAGUUAUAAAAUCAGACUUAAAUCCCAAAUGGAAUGAGACAUUAGAGUUUGAUCUUGGAGGUGUACCAAUCAGUGGAAAUGACCAGCUGGAGGUGGAAGUCAAGGACUGGGAAAGAGUUGGUAGAAACAGGUUGCUGGGUACUGCUAAAGUGCCAUUGGCAGACUUGUGUAGGGGUGGUACACAGAGUAAAGAUGUAGAUACGAUAUUGAUGGAUGGCAAUGGCCAGCCUUUGACUCAGACAAAACUUAAAAUGAAGGUUACUUAUGCCCCUCCUCCUGGUCAGAAGCAAGCUGGACCUGCGGCUGCCACAACAGCAGCUGGCGGUGGCGGACAGGAAGUCACGCUGGAUGAUGAAGGGGAGGGCGAGGAGGAAGAGGAAGAAGAGGUUGAUCCAGGACCUCCGGAAAUAGAUCCUGUCACCGGACAACCAAAGCCACGUCCCAAAAAGAAGAAGAAAAUGGGCAAAAGAAGAUUCCGAGGGAAGUUGUCAAAUAAGCCUCAGGACUUCCAGAUCCGAAUCAAAAUCUUGGAGGGACGUCAAAUUGAAGGAUCAAACAUUCAACCAGUGUGUAAAGUGACCUGCUUCAACCAAGUGAAGCAGACCCGUGUGCAGAAAUCCACGAACUCACCAUUCUGGAAUGAAACAUUCUUUUUCAAUUUUAAUGCAUCACCAGCAGAGUUGUUUGAUGAACUUUUAGAAUUUACUGUGUUUAAUUCUCGUAAACUUAGAUCUGAUGCCAUGAUAGGGUCGUUCAAGAUGGACAUUGGUAUGGUAUGGGAACAAGGAAAUCAUGCCUUUGUAAAUAAAUGGCUGUUACUAGGUGAUCCCGAGGACAGUAUGGCUGGUGCCAAAGGAUACCUGAAGUUUUGUGCAAUAGUCUUGGGGCCUGGUGAUACCCCACCGUCCAUGAGUGCCAACACAACAUCCGAUGAAUCUGAGGAUAUUGAGAGUAACCUUCUGCGACCAGCUGGUGUUCAGUUGAGGCCAGCAACUUUUGCUCUCAAUGUGUACAAGUGUGAAGAUAUACCUAGGAUGGACACUGCCUUUUUACAAGGAGUGAAGAAGUUUUUCCGGAUUGGUGAGGAAAUAAAGGAGCUUGUAGAUCCGUACUUCCUUAUGAGUUUUGCUGGUAAAGAGGUCCAAACAAAGAUAAUGUACUGUAAUGACCAUCCAGAAUACAACCAGAAAUUAAAGAUAGGUUUACAGUUCCCAUCCAUGUGUGAAAAGAUCCGACUGUCUAUGAAAGAUUGGGACAGAAUAACGGAGGACGAUGUAAUCGGAACUACUUUUCUCGAAGUGUCACAUAUAUCAUCGCCCGGAGAUCAGGACAAAGAUGAGGGUUUUCUACCUACUUUUGGUCCAUGCUUUGUUAAUUUCUACGGCUCGCCAAGAGAAUUCUCGGAACUGCCAGAUGAGUAUGAAGACCUGAACAAUGGAAAGGGUGAAGGUGUAGCAUUCAGAGGCAGAGCAAUGGUUGAAUUGAAGACUAUAGGGGGAGAGUUACCUGAUGUUCCUGUAGAAGAUAUUGGCUCUGAAGAUGUUCUUAAAGUACAGAAAUUUAUGAGAAAAAGACGUUUUAAGUUACAUGCAGCUUUCUUAAAUGCAACCAUGGUCAGUGCUAUAGAUGCCCCAGUGGAGUUUGAAGUUAGCAUAGGUAACUACGGUAACAAGCUGGAUGAUUACAUAGCUCCGUGUGCAUCAACUACCCAGCCGACCAAUGCUGUAUUUGAUGGUUCCCACUACUACUUCUUACCUUGGGGUGGUACCAAGCCCUGUGUGGUGGUUGAUGCCCAGUGGGAGGAUAUUGCCUGGAGACUGGAGGCUCUAAACUUGUUUGAAGGCAUUAUAGCUGCACUGGAAUCUAACAUUGAACAAGUAAAGGUUGGUGUAAAAGCUAAACUGCCAACACCAGAACUGGCUCAGCUACUGAUUUCAGCUCUAGAUCAGUUGGUUGAAGACUGCAAGAAACCAUUACCUACCCCAAAGAAAGGUACACAUCUACCUACAGAACUUGAUACUCUGUUAACCACCUAUAGACAGUAUGAGAUGGAAACUCUUAUAGAGAUGGCAACAAACCUACGAGAAAGUGCCACUGAUAUCAAUGAAGCCCUCAAUGAGGCAGAAAACUUUUUACAAAUCCUACAUAACCUGGCUGUAGAGCCUCAGAACAGUAUGCCAGAUGUCAUAAUCUGGAUGAUCAGUGGAGAGAAGAGAAUAGCUUACUACCGUAUCCCGGCACAUACUCUUCUCUACUCCAAGAACCCCAUGUAUUGUGGCAGAGAAUGUGGCAAGAUACAAGCUAUACAAAUGAAGUAUCCUGGUCACAAGGAAGAGAAGAAGCACGAUGUUCCAGCUCUAUUAAGGAUCAAACUUUGGCUCGGUCUGCAGUCGGAGGAGGAAGCAUGGCACCAGAUGCAGAAAGAAGGUGAAAUGGCAGUGUUUGCUGAAACUUAUGAGAACCAAGUGAGCAUUCUGGGUAACUGGACCAACAGGGGACCAAUGAUGAGUAGACCAAAAUUCUCUGACUCUCAGGGAAAGGUAAAAUUAACAAAAGAGAAGUUUGUACCCCCACCCGGCUGGCAAUGGGAAGGUGAAUGGUAUAUUAACCCUGAAUUGAGUAUGUUAUAUGACAAAGAUGCCGGGCACCGAACAUUUAUUGAUGAUGUAUACGAGUGUCAGAUGAGACUGCCUGGAACCAACUGGGUAGAGUCAACCAGACCUUGGUCAAAUGUUAAAGGUGACCCGUCACCCUCUAAAGGAGAGAUGGAGUUACCAGCUGGUUGGGUAUGGGAGGAUGACUGGCAGAUAGAUCUGGGCAGAGCUGUUGAUGAAGAAGGAUUUGAGUACUGUGUUGAGGCUACAAUGGGAGGCUGGGGAUCUACAGAGAGGAGAUAUCAUCUGUGUAGACGUCGUAGAUGGGUUAGAUCUAGACGACUUGUAGAAAAUAUGAAACAAAAGAAAGAAAAGGAGAAACAUAAACAGGCGGCCACAGAGGGAUGGGAGUAUGCUCCCUUGUUUAACAUGAAGUUUCACCAUAUAGAGAGGAAGAUGGACCUUGUGCGACGUCGACGCUGGCACCGCAAGAUGGUGAACGUUGAUCCUGGUGCACCUUGCUUCUUCAGUAUGCAGGAAGCUGAUUCAAAGUCAAAAAAGAAGGACAGUGAUGAUGAAAGUGAAGAGAUCUCACAGAUGUCUGCUCCUAGAAUGUUCCUGCAAUUUAAAAAUACGUUUAAGUACCAGCUACGAGCCUACAUUUAUCAAGCUCGUGAUAUUCUUGCCAUGGACGACUCGGGCAUGUCGGACCCGUUUGCUCGCGUGUCGUUCCUCACUCAGAGUUUACGUACAGAGAACAUUAAGAAGAGUUUAUGUCCAACAUGGGAUCAAACCCUGAUCUUUGAAGAGUUUGAGAUACACGGUAAUCCACGUACGAUCGAGGCCCAACCACCAGAUAUCUAUAUAGAGCUGUUUGACCAUGAUACCUUUGGUGAACCUGAGUUCUUAGGAAGAGCUAAAGCUCAUCCAAUGGUAAAACUGGACCCAGGGGAUGCCCGGUCACCAGUGCUACAGUGGUAUGAGAUUAAGCGUGGCAAAGAUUCAGGAGGGGAACUCCUUGCAGCAUUUGAACUCUUCCAGAUGAAUGGAAAAGACCUACCUUUUAUGCCACCAAAACGAGGUAAUCUUUUCACUGUACCUAACGGAAUCAGACCUGUGAUGCAAAGGACUGGUAUAGAGGUGUUAUGUUGGGGUGUAAGGAACAUGAAGAAAUACCAGCUCUCCUCUGUUACAUCACCAAGCAUCGAGUUUGAGGUAUCUGGUAAUGUUGUGCAGUCAAACAUGAUCAAAAAUACUAAAAGGAAUCCUAACUUUGGUACACCCCAUCUGUUCUUUGAUGUGAUGCUUCCAAAAGAAGAGUUGUACAUGCCUCCAGUAAACAUCAGAGUUAGGGACCAUCGACAGUUUGGACGUAAACCUACAGUUGGUCUUCAUGUGUUGAAAUCUCUAGAGAAAUUCCGCAUUGACCCCGUCAUGCAGGGCGAUCUCGAUGAAGAUGACCAGCAAGCAAUUGUUGGAAAUGGCCCUGGUGGAGAACAUGUUGUGGACAUGCCAGCAGAAGGUGAAUCUCCUAAAAAGAAAAAGAAAAAAGUAAAAUCAGGAUCCAAACUAAUAGCGAGAGAGUCUUUUGUAAUGUCUAUGGCUCCAUUGAUGACUGAAGAGGUAGAUUAUCAGGAUAUAGACUGGUGGUCAAAAUAUUACGCUUCUAUUGGUGAGACGGAGAAAUGUCAGAAAUACCUCAACAAAGAUAUGGACAAAAUUGCUGUGUAUGAAUUUGAACUGGAGAAGAAAGAUGGUUUUGGAGAGUUUGUAGAUUUCUGUGAGACAUUUGACCUUCAGAGAGGCAAGGAUGAUGAUGAUGAAGAAUCUAAUAUCAUUGGACAGUUCAAGGGUGCAUUUAAAGUGUAUCCACUGCCAUCGGAUCCCAAUGAGGAGAUUCCAGUGAAAGUUCUUGGCAAUGUGCCAUCAAGUGAACCAGAGGAUUGUGUCAUAAGAAUAUACUGUAUCAGAGCUGAAGGGUUACAGCCUAAUGAUCCUACUGGACUGGCAGAUCCAUACAUACAGAUCAAGAUAGGGAAUAAAUCUAUGGACAGUAGAGACAACUAUAUCCCAAACUGUCUCGACCCCGUAUUUGGAACGAUGUUUGAGGUAACAACUGUAUUACCGAUGUAUAAAGAUCUAACAAUCAAGGUGAUGGACUAUGAUUUAGUGAGCAGUGAUGAUCUGAUUGGUGAAACAGUGAUAGAUCUAGAGAAUAGGUUGUUGUCUAAACACAGGGCUACUUGUGGUUUACCCAUGUCAUACUGUAUUGAGGGACCUAACAAAUGGAGGGAUGCAAUGAAACCUAAAGAAGUUCUGGAGGAAUAUUGUAAGAACAGAAAUAUGACACUGCCAAUGUUUUAUGGAAAUAAUAGUGCCAAGGUUGGACGUAAAGUCUACAAAUUGUCUGAAUUUGAAGGUGCAGGGAAGGUGAUAACACCAGAUCAUGGUCCAGCUGACCAGAGACUAGCCCUACAUAUUCUCAACACAUUGGAUUUAGUGAAGGAGCAUGUAGAAAAAAGGCCAAUAUAUAACCCACUGCAGCCCAAUAUUGAACAGGGCAAGUUGGUGAUGUGGGUGGAUAUAUUCCCCAAGUCUAUGGGAGAACCUGGACCACCAUUUGAUAUCAAGGCCAGAAAACCAAAAGAAUACAUGUUGAGAGCCGUGAUAUAUAACACUGUGGACGUGAUCCUAGAUGAGACAUCUAUUACUGGAGAGAAAAUGAGUGAUAUAUAUGUAACAGGCUGGCUUCAAGGAGCUGAGGAGAAACAGAAAACAGAUAUCCAUUACAGGUCACUAAAUGGGGAAGGAAACUUUAACUGGAGAUUUGUUUUCCCAUUUGAGUUUAUGCCAGCUGAGAACUGUAUGGUUGUGAAGAAAAAGGAGAAGUUUUGGAGUCUAGAUGAGACAGAACAGCGUCUGCCAGCUAUAUUUAUGAUACAGGUCUGGGAUAACGACAAAUUCUCAUUUGACGACUUUCUCGGUACUGUAGAACUUAACUUAAACAAUAUGCCAAUGCCUUCCAAACGUGCUGGAUCAUGUGAUCUGAAACAGUUACCGGACAUCACCAUGGGAAACACAAAUGUGAAGACUGUGUCAUUAUUUGAACAGAAGAGACUUAGAGGGUUCUGGCCGGUCUAUGAUGAGAAGAAUGGUCAUAGAGAACUAACUGGUAAAGUUGAAAUGGAAAUUGAGCUGAUUACCAAGGAUGAAGCGGAUGUUAGACCAGCAGGUAAAGCCAGAGAUGAACCGAACAUGAACCCAGUUCUUGAGCCUCCAAAUCGACCAGAGACAUCGUUCCUGUGGUUUACAUCACCAUUUAAGACCCUGCGUUACAUUAUCUGGGCCAACUACAAGUGGUAUUUCAUCAUCGGUCUCCUUGUUCUUCUCCUCAUACUGCUUGUCUUCUUGUUCAUAUACUUCUUCCCGGGCAACUUUUCAGCCUGGAUUCUUGGCAAUAACUAAAGAAAGGCCUAAAUGUACUGUGAUCAAAUUCAGGAAACAUUUUUUUUGUAAAAGGAACAUUUUGUUGUGAUGCCAUUAUCAUCUUGUGUAGAGUAUGACAAAAACAUGAUACCAUCUUUAUAUAUACAAUAUAUACAUCUAGUUUGGAAUAUGAUACCACCUUUAUAUAUACAUCUAGUGUGGAACAUGAUACCACUUUUAUAGUGGAACAUGAUACCACUUUUAUAGUGGAAU